UAUGGUCAUUAUUUGACCACAACUCUCUAAUCUCUUUCAUUUCUAGCUCUUUCUCAAUUUCUUUUACAUUUAUCCUUCAAAGUCUACUCCAAUACAAAGAGAAACCAUGGCAUACAUUAAACUGUGCAACUUACUCUUCCUACUCUUCUGCCUUAUCCUUACAGCAUUUGUUACUCAAGGAUCCAUAACUCAUCAAGAAAAGCUUCCUAAUAAUCCAAGAACAUCUCUCUCAACAGGAGUAUCACAUUUGAAGAUUGGCAGUGAAGCACAGAGUUCAAGGAAUGCAAGGAGAUUGAUGAUAGGAUCCACAGCUCCUACUUGCACUUACAAUGAAUGCAGAGGAUGCAAAUACAAGUGUAGAGCUGAGCAAGUUCCAGUGGAAGGAAAUGAUCCUAUACAUAGUGCAUACCAUUACAAAUGUGUUUGUCAUAGGUGAUGAAAAAAUGGGCACAUCAAAGAUGAGUGGGUUAAUUCUCUUUAGAAUUAGAAUUACUGUGGUUUUUGUGUCAAGGAAAAUAUGCAUUACUAUGUAAAGAACUCGUUGAGUGCCAAGAUUAUCAUGCAAUUUCUUGAGAAAAAAAGUUGCUCUUGUUCUUCUCA